AUGGAAUGUUUAAGGUUAUUACAAAGCCUAGAUUUACUAGGUUAUGCAGGAGUGUGCGUAAGCGCCGAACGGUCCCAACUUCUGCAAAAUUCACUGCUGAUCCUGCAACAGGAAAAUCAUUUCCGAAAAUGCUACUAUUGGGGCAGGAUCGAUGGAAUCGAGAAUGAUUAUUACAUCGCUUACGGUUAUGAGAAGGACUGCUUGAAUGGUCAAGUAUAUUUUUACAGCAUCAACUGUGUAGACUGGUUUUUAAUGCCAAAGCCCAACGAAUGCGGUCAAUUUUUGGCACCAUUGGCGAUAAACAAAUUUCAAGGCGAUACGUCCAUAGUGACUAACGUUUAUAAAGCCAAUCCUCCAUUUCCUGCAAAUCAAGAUCCAAAAACUGUGUACAAGAAGGGCGUUAUUCCGCGAGAAUUGAAGGAAGAAGAUCGGUUAUCGGCGAUCGUCGAAUUGAUCAAUACGGACGCUAUGGUCGUCCCUCGAGGAGGAUGGUUCAAAUCCCCAAAUGGAGAUAUAAUCGAGAAUCCAGGAUUUGAGGGCUUAUCGCAAUCAGAAUGUCUAUACCUGAAAUCCUUCCAACACGCACGCCUUCCCCAACAGAAAUGGAACACUAAUUUAUUAACCAGGCCAGAUUACAACUACUCCUUUGAUUUCCUUGACACCAUUGACACGGAUGUUCCCGAAGGAUGCUGGAAUCUGCAGUUCUACCUAGGAGGACGUUUAGCCGUUUUGUGCAGCUUAUACUGGCCCGGGAUGGCAUUCUACCACAAAAUAGAUUCCCCUCAUUACGGGUCCCUAUACAUCGGAAACGGGAAAAAGAAUAUGGACGUGCCCUUCAUGCUGUGACUUUUCUCGUUCCUCAGAAAAUGUAACGCCGACAUCACCGGGAAAUAACUUAAGAGGAGAUUUCUAAAUUGAUCUAUUAUAC